AUGGCGGCCUCCUUGCGUUUGGGUCGUCAGGGGAUAUUAUUUGGACUAAAAUUAAACCAGUUCAAUAAAUGUGUCUGGGGUCUACAGUCAUGUCAAGAACGCGCAAGGCAUUUGUUUCAGUCUGCUUAUUGUCUGGGGGUCACCCCACUCAAGGUGGAGAUGCCAGCUCUUUCCCCAACCAUGGAGGAGGGGAGCAUCGUGAAAUGGCUCAAGAAAGAAGGUGAAGAAGUAGCAGCAGGUGAUGCCCUUUGUGAAAUAGAAACCGAUAAAGCAGUGGUAACCCUGGACUCUAAUGAAGAUGGUGUACUGGCCAAGAUAUUGAUGGAGGAGGGCAGUCGGAGCGUUCGCUUGGGCACUCUGAUCGCCCUGAUGGUGGAGCAGGGUCAGGACUGGAAGCAGGUGGAGAUUCCCCCUCCUCAAACGGCUCCAACCGAGACUCCUGCUGCUCCAGAAGCUCCCGCGCCUGAACAUCCCCCCACUCCCAAACACACGUCUGGACCCUUGCGUCUCAGUCCAGCAGCACGGCACAUCCUGGACUCUCACAGCCUUGACCCCAAGUUGGCCACAGCUACAGGACCAAGAGGACUCAUCACAAAGGAAGAUGCAAUGAAGCUUUUGAAGGCUUCUCCCGGUGCCAAGCUCAUUCCUCCUGUGGCUGCUCCUCCGCCCUCGGCCCCAAGUCCAGCGGCCCCCGCCCCCUCCCCAGCCCGCACUCCCGCUCCUGCAGCAUCAGCACCCGCCGGCAGAAGACCCAACAUCCCUCCUCUGUCUGUGCCAGGGAAACCCGGAGCACCGGGUACGUUCACUGAAAUCCCAGCCACAAAUGUGCGUCGUGUGAUCGCUCAGAGGCUAACGCAAUCGAAGACCACCAUCCCCCACGCAUACGCCACCGUGGACUGUGACAUGGCGGCUGUCAUGCAACUCCGCAAAGACUUAGCUCAAGAACAAAUAAAAGUGUCUGUUAAUGACUUCAUUAUCAAGGCAGCGGCUGUUACACUGAAAGAAAUGCCUGAAGUGAACGUGACAUGGUCGGGCGACGGACCACACGCACUCGACACCAUCCACAUCGCCAUCGCCGUGGCGACAGAGCGAGGCCUCAUCACUCCUAUCAUUAAAGACGCUGCGAGCAAAGGCGUCCAAGAGAUUUCAGCUAACGCCAAGACUUUGGCACAAAAGGCCAGAGAUGGAAAACUUCUACCAGAAGAAUACCAGGGGGGUUCAUUCAGCAUCUCUAACCUGGGCAUGUUCGGCAUCAGCGGCUUCAGCGCGGUCAUCAACCCUCCUCAGGCCUGCAUUCUGGCGGUGGGGACCUCCAGGAAGGAACUGCAGCUAAGCGAAGACCACCAGAGUCUGCAGACGCGACAGCUCAUGACCGUGACACUGUCCAGCGACGGGCGGCUAGUGGAUGAUGAAUUGGCCUCGCGCUUUCUCGAUAAGUUCAGAAGCAACCUGGAACAGCCUCAGCGUAUGGCACUGGCGUGA